CUCGGCUGAGGUUUUCAUUAUAUUAAUGUAAUGCAAAAAAGUGAAAAAUUAAAGUAAGAAAAAAGUUCGACUUAUUUGAGUUAAAAAUAAGAAAAAAACGUUAACUUCGGUUACAUCUUCACAAAUAAAAAAAGGUUUCCAUACAAGAACGCGAUUUUGAUCGGUCAAUUCAUAUGGCCGCUAUAUGCUAGAUACAAGAUAUUUCGCCAAAUACAAGGACUUGCUUUAGUUCGUUAAGUUUGUAUGACAGAAUGAAGAACGAAGAGAAUCGAAUUGAAUCGGAAAAUAGAUUUUUGAGCUGGGCAUUGUAGUGUGGAUGGAUAUAUGUUCUAAAGGAAUAAGAAAUAAUUGAAAGCUGAAAAACAAUACCUUCACAACCUCUUUCACAAAGAUCACCAGCCUAAUCAUAAGAAAAAGUGGAGGUAAAACUGACGAUUUUAUUGCGAAUAAUGGAUAUCACACUUCAAAAUUCUGACGAAAAGCCAUGUGCCACCUUAUGCAGUUAACUGUAGCUAUAAAUUGCAUUACAAUGCAAGCAUCUCUAACAGUAACUAACAAACUGCUUAGCAGAAUUGCAACAUUUCUCAAAUAAUUCGUAUAUAUAAAAUGAAACGAGCGAUAACGGUGUUCUUAGUACUCUGCAGCUUCCUACUGUUACUAACACCAAGGACAUUGGCACAAAAAGUUUUGCCGGUUGACGACGAGUAUGGCAAGGAUACGGAGUCAACAGUAUUUGUGAAACAAGAUGUGGAAGGCCUAUCAAAUGAGGAAUUGUUACGCAAAGCUGUGGAAAUCGAAACAUCUGGGACAAACGAUGUGGAAAUAGAAGAUCAAAGCUCAAUUUCAACAGUACUGCAGUCUAAAGAAUCUUUAAGCGAAGAGUUGUCACAAGCCAAAGGAUCUUCUUCUUCCGAAAGUAAACUUCAAGGCGCUAUUGAUGUUGAAGUUUCUCGGUCGGAUGAUUCCGAAAGCGAAUUGGAACUUGAAAGUGCAAUUAGUGAAGAUAUUUCUCAGUCAAAUGAUUCUGAAGCCGAAGCUGACUUCAAAGGUAAAGCUGGAGGUGAAGCUGCAUCAAAAAUCCCUGCAACGAAAAUAGAAGCUGAGAUAGAAGGAAAUUUGGAAUAUUCUCAGUCCGGCGCUAAAGUAAAUGAAAAUGAAAUUAUAACUAUAACAGUGGCAGAGAAGGAAUUAGAAGACUUAGUUACUACGGAGACCAAACCAGCGCUGACGACAUUAGUGGAUGGAGAAAUCUCGACUACGAUUCCGUCGGCUUCGAAUGAACUAGAAGAAACGGAAAUCAACACGACGCAGAACGAGAGCGAUAUAACGGAGGAACCGGUGGAAAAUAAUACGGCGACAGAAACUACUGAAUUAGAGAUCGCGAAUGCGGAUGCGGCAACUACUACACCAGUUGUUGCAACGGAAUCGCCUUGUACCGAACCCGGUACGUAUGCGGCAGAGAAUAAUUGUCGCGCUUUUAUCAGCUGUGAGUCCACAGUCAUCAAUCAGCUGAUUAAAGCACAAACGCCAUGUCCCACCGGCCAGGCUUACAAUCCAGCGCUGCUGCGUUGUUCGCGUGAUCUCUCGCCAUGCGCCGAUUCGUUUCGCUGUGAACUGGAAGGUACUUUCGCCAAUCCAGACGACAAUUCUUCCUACUAUUGGUGUGUAGCAUCUCGGCUGACUGACGCGUAUCACAUUUAUCACAUUAAAUGUGGUAAUGGUCAAAUCUAUACACACGAAUUGGGUAAAUGUUUCGCAGAUAUGACAAAUUUGCAGGACUUGCCGCUCAACUAUGAACUCUAUAUGAGUAAAUCACCCGACGAGGAGUACGUGCGUGAGGAAGUGAAGGUGUUGAAAGCCGAAGAGAAAGCCAAACUGAAAGAAGCGAAAUUGCGUGAGAAAAUACGGAAAAAAUAUGAAAAAGAGCUACUAAAGAAGGCGGCCAAAGAAGCAAAGGAACAGGCUAAACUGCUAGGCAUUUCGCUGGAGGACGAGACACCGUUCAAUUGCGUAGAGGAGGGAAACUUUGCAGCAGCGGCUGAAAGUUUUUUCGAUUACUUCAUUUGCUUCAACAAGAAGGACAAAUUCAAGGCUGUUGGCAUGAAAUGCGCGGAUGGUCAAAGUUUUUCAACAGCACAAAAUAUUUGUACGCCUUAGAAUAGGAAGUUAAUAAAAUUUAAACGUAUCGAUGCAUGUUUGUAUGUAGUAAAUGUUGUUGUAGCAAAAAGAUUUAUACAUAAAUUAAUAUUUGUAAUCAAAAGCGUAAUCUAAAUUCCAAAAGGAAAUGUCCGUUGUUAAAAAGCAUUGCAAAGUUCUGCUAUCUUCUCUUAAAACGCUCUUUGGAUUGCGAAUGUGUUGUGCUGAGCACCAAAGAUAAACACGGAAAGAGAGAGCGUGUGAUUCUUGCUGGACUAGCGCAAUUAAAAAGCAAUAACUUCA